AUGGAUACUGUCCUUUUUUGUUCCGGAGUUGAGGAGGUGCCGCAUCAGGAACUUGUAGAGUCAGCUUCUUCAAAUAGCUUACAUACUGAAGAGCAUUCAACAAGCUCUGCUGAAGUUCAACCAUCAACAUCCAAUCUUCAUUUGGAUAGGCGCCGCUUUCGUAUCAGCGAAUCUUCUUCUCCAGAAGUUCCUCCCCUUUGUCGUCCCAGUGUCGUAGCUCCAUCACCAAUACCUUCAGUACCAAGUACAGCCAUAAUGUCUGAUACAGAUGAGUCAGAUACUGAAGAAGAUGAAUGGAAAAAGGUUCUUUACCCACAGCAUCCCGAUAUAGAAUACUUUGAUAGCAUACACUUAGAAAGCAAACAAUUUAUGCCAAGUAGGACCAGACCUGCUGCUUAUUUUUCGCAUUUUUUUGACCACAACCUUAUAGAUCUCAUUGUACAACUAACUAAUAUUUACGCUGAGCAAAAACGAAGCCUUGGCUGGACGCCUGUAGACACUGCUGAAAUAAAGGCUUUUCUAGGCAUUAUUAUUUUGAUAGGACUCCACCCACUGCCAACUAUAGAUUUAUAUUUAAUAAUAUAA